AUGUCCCUGCUGACGCCGCGGUUGGAUUGGAUCCUCGGGUGCUGCACGGCAGGCGGCUGCGACUCUCAUGGGCAGACGGAGUUCCAGGUCCAGCUGAGCUCGGAGCCCGCCCCUGUAGCCCCGGCACACGGCGCGAAGCACCUCCUGACCUCCGGGGAUUCCUUUGACAUCACCUUCACCCCACGGCUUUUCGGCACCCAGGCUCUCAGCAGAGCGUCGAAUGCUCCCUUCACCCCUCGGCAGCGAGACUUGCGGGCGCAGCUGGAGCUCCCGUCUCUGCAGACGUAUCCAGUGCCCCCCAACCUCGGGCCGGAGACUGCGGAAGAGGUGCGAAAGGAGAGGCUUCUGGAGAUGUACCGGGAGUUUGCUUUGGACCUGCACACAGGCAUGUAUCUCACGCAGCUGACGUCGAACCGAGACUAUGCGGACAUCCACGUCCAGCUCAUGGAGGAUCUGACCACCCUCAAGCUGGACCAAAGCAACGGCCGCAUCAUCGAGUUCCCUUUGACCAACGUGUCCAAGGUGUAUCGCAUCGUCAAGAACGACGACAAGUGGUAUGCUGCUGGGACGCCGCUUCCUCACAGCUCCGCGAACACGGAGCAAAUCGUGGUGGUGGAGUUCAUGCGCCGGAAGUUGGCCUUCGUCUUCAAGGAGCUGCAGGUGUCGCAGCGCUUCUUGAUCUGCAUGGAGCUGCUGAUCCGAAGGGCGCAACAGAAGCAGGCAUGA